UUACUUUGUCCACUUGUCCGGUCAGGUGACCGUCAGAUUACCGGAAAUCGAUCAUCUGACGGUCACUCCCCAUCUCUAUAUGUCGAGGAUGAUGUUUAAUAAAUACAUUGCCAUCCCUGCCAAUCUGGCAGCCGUGAGUGCAGACAAAAAUGGGAAUGUUUUUUUUUGUUGAUCUUGUGAUUCUGGAUGCUUUUUCAUGUAGUCAUAAUAAAUUAUAAGUUGCAAUCCAUCGUUUUCAGUUUCACGCUCUUAGUUAUUAUCCUAAUCAUCUCGAUCGCUUGACGCGUCAGAUUGCAUGCGAACCGCGAAAUCAUUCGACGUGCGUUUAUAUUUAAUGCAGACGUGUGUGAUUGUCAUAAUAUUUUUCGAGAACGUGGAAAAUCAACUAUAUACAUUGACAGCUCACAAACCAUUGUACAGCAUUUUAAAAAUCUCAUGGCAGACAAUGAAAUCGCUAAAUCGAACAGCUGGAUCUGGGGAUGGUUCAGCGGUUACAGCUGGUCAGGCUCUUCCUCUACCAUGUUGCGAGCUGCUGAAAAAAAAAUCUUAUCAUGUCUUAAAACAGCAUACCGUGGAUGGUACGUCGACAUUGGACCGGUAGUGGGACCAGCAGAUAAAAUAUGGACAAUAUCCUUAAACGAGGAAUCUCCAAAAACACCGAUAGUAUUAUUACAUGGUUUAGGAGCCGGAGUUGCACUUUGGUGUUUAAAUUUGGAUGCCCUUGCCGCGCGAAGACCCGUUUAUGCCAUUGACGUAUUAGGAUUUGGUAGAAGUAGUCGACCUGUUUUCAGCAAUGAGGCGCAAGAGGCAGAAGGGCAGUUGGUCCGUUCAGUAGAAGAAUGGAGGCGAGAAAUGCAGUUAGAAAAAUUUAUAUUACUGGGCCACUCAAUGGGAGGUUUUCUUGCAGCUUCGUAUGCCAUUCAAUACCCUCAAAGAGUUCAACACUUGAUACUCGCUGACCCCUGGGGGUUUCCAGAAAGACCAGCAGAUGCUGGAACUAGGACAUAUGUGCCAUUUUGGGUAAAAGCGAUAGCCUACGCCGUUCAGCCUUUAAAUCCAUUAUGGGCUGUUCGAGUAGCUGGUCCAUUUGGGCAGUGGCUCAUCGAAACAACACGACCUGAUAUAGUCAAAAAAUUUUCUCCCGUUUUGAAAGAUGACCUUAGUGUAAUUUCACAAUACAUACAUCAAUGCAAUGUACAAAGUCCUUCCGGGGAAAGUGCUUUCCACGCAAUGAUGCAAGGAUUUGGUUGGGCGAAAUAUCCUAUUGUUAAGCGCAUGGACAAAUUGGAUGCGGAGAUUCCUAUAACUUUGAUCUAUGGCAGCAGAUCUUGGGUUGACAAUUCGGCUGGAGAAACAAUUAAGCAAAGUCGAGCUUCUUCCUAUGUGAACGUACAGGUUAUAUCCGGAGCAGGACAUCACGUUUAUGCAGAUAAAAGUGAAAUAUUUAACAAACACGUGUUGGAAGCAUGUGCUUAUAGUGGAAUCAAUCCAAAUUUGACUUCGUCACCAAAUAUAAAAUUAGUGUUAAAAUCUAGUGACGACCAACAGUCUGUCGAAUUACAAUACCAGGAAAUACAGAGGAUAGAAGAAAAAGAAGCGGAGAUGCCCCAGUCGAAGUCCAGUAGUUAAGAAUGAAUAUAAUUAUGUAUGAAAAAGUAAUUUACUGGCGCCUUCUGUCAAUCCGGAAAGCCGCACUUUAUACGCCUUUAAUUUAAAAACUGUCCUGAACAGGCUAUAUGGCAGUUUAUAGGCGUAGUUUAAAAUGCACAUAGAAUCUGCGGUAUAAUGUCUUUUUUAGACAUAUAAAGUGACUACUUCACGAAGUGAAGGCACUCUAUAUCAGUGCCAGAAAAUAGUUUUUGCAAUACUUUAAUGGAAAUUCCUGUUUUGCGAAUCUUGCGAGAAAACGCCUCCUCUCGAUGCCUGUAGAUGGCGCGCAAAAGAGAACUUUACGUACAAAUGUAACAAAAAAUAGAGUUAGGCACUCGUAUGAAGACACCACACUCGCAGGGGAAUUGCCACGCUCAGCCGCUUGUAUCGAAAAACAAUUUAUGACAUGACAUGCGCGUAAACAAGAUGUUUUUAGGCAAGAAUGAUUUUUGUCGCGAAGCCUUCGAUAAGCCGAAAACCGGAGUUGCAGCUAGGCGAGCCGAAGACGAAGUUGAAAGCAACAUGAUGGCUCGUCGUGACAAAAACUGUUCGAGACAGCCACAUUUUACGAAUACGCCUCAUACAAAACUUUUUUCAUGCAUGAAUACGUUUUUUUUUUAUAAGACUUUUCAUUCAGUAAAGUGAGAAUUGAUGCACUUCGACUACUCCCCAGCCUUCAGCUUCAUAUCCGGCUUGCCUACAACUCCGCUUUCACCGAUGACUCUUAGUCAUCAUCCUCACCCAAAAAUAUCUCGCGUUUCUACCGAAUUUGAACUGCGGUCAAUAUAAAUUCACUUUCCACCAGAAAAAAUCACUAAAGUUGUAGAUUUCACAAAAGGAAAUAAUCGAUGUAACCCUUAAACUUCAACGCAAUAUUUUUCUAAGAGCAAGUCAAAGAAAAUAUCCCUAUCUAGAGCAAGGCCAGCGGAACAAUAUAAAAGGGCCAAUAAGGGCAGUUGUUGGGCCCAGAAUCAAAUAAUUAUUAUUUUUAUGGAAAUAAAAACUCACAAAACUCUUUUAAGAUUGACAAAUUGCCAACAGAUUAGUUAAAACCUAUUUCAGUAUUUAUUUCCCGAAAAAAUUAUGUUAUGGUUCCCAAAAACAGUCUUUAUUGACUCUUCUCCUUUUUCUAUGAGAUAUUUUUUGUAACAUUUAGUUACGGAGGUAUGAGUGAGAGAAAGGGCAUAUCAAAAAUUCCAAAUGUAGACUUCCACGCUUGCUUUAGCUCAAGGUGUUGAGUAAUCCAAACAGUUCUCCAAUUUGAGCGUGCAACUGGAUUUCAUCGAAAUUUUCAUAUGAAGUGUCUCAUAGUGCAUCUUUUCUCCGCCCGUCAAGUUUGCAAGAUAUUUGAUGAAUUUGCCUAAGAUAGUUGGUCGUCGACACGAAGCCAUUUUAAAAUAUCAAUAACCAAAGUACCAUUUUUAGACAGUCCUAGCAAAUAGGUUAGAGGGAAAGCAUGAACUCUGACAUACUGUAGAAGUAUAGAAUCCGUAGUAGGAAUUGUUUCCCUAAGUAGAAAUUGUAUUGGGAUCUGAAAUCUUGGUAAUCCUGAUAGGGUAUUCUAAUUGUUUAGUAUAUUUAAAUAGAAUUAAGCCAGGUAUUCAUAUUGGAACGUCAUUUAAAUAUAAUCUUUUUAUUCGAUUAGUUUAAAUGCUGAAUACCCAUUCAUUAUUUUUUUUCUGUUGAACUUAUGACAAUGUCCAUUUUUAACAGUUCGGAAAUAAUUGAUCAACAGUACAAAAUUCUAACUAUAUACAGGAUGUCCCAGGCUCAAGUGUCCUGACUUAUCGCUGUAUAAAAAUAGAAAAAUUAAUCGAAAAUUCCUUUUCCGAAAUUCACUUAAAGAUUCAGUAUUUGAGUUAUAAAAUAUUUAGGCUAGACCAAUAAGGAGCGCCGUAUAAACAGUCGUGCGCCUUUCAGCGGGAGUUCAACGUAGUGUUAUUUAAUCAAGCGCCGAGGUGGGGUUAAUGACGAGAAAACAGCGGUCACUACACUGCGUUGGACUCCCGCUCGCAGACGCACUACUGUAUACCGCGCUUCUGAUUUGUCAAGCCUAAAUAUUUCAUGACUCAAAAACUAAAAAUUCAACUUAUUUAAGAAAAAAGGAAUUUUCGAUUUAUUUUUUUAUUUUUAUGCAGUCAUAUAAGUCCCGGCCCUUGAGUCUGUGACACCCUGUAAAGUUCAACUCACUGAGAAAGGAGAGUAAGGCCUUGUAACCAGUAAUACUUUUUAAGGGGCUAAACAGUAAAUUCCAAGUAAGUCCGACUUUCGGAUCAUUCAGAAUAGAAAGUUUACAGAAAAUGUAUGAUACGAAUCACCCUGCAAAUUUCAGGUGAUGCAGUAUAAUCACUGUAUGAAAAUAGAUAGUAUUUCUUUGCAGUGCACGUAUACUCUAAACUUUCAUAAACACUUAAGUAAAAUUCGAACUGACAGACUAACGAUUCAGGUCGAGAUAUUCGGGCAUUAUAAACUUCUCUCUUCUCGUGGAAAAGGGAUAUCGGUAAUUGUAGAUUAUACUUAAUUAUGAUAUAAAUUUAUUAAAAUGAAUAUAAAAAUAUUAUUUACGAUCAGUUCAUAGUUAAUAAUAUUGACGACAAACAGUUUUAAAUGCAGUAAAGUAACAAAUUCAUGCUAUUUUAAAAUAAAAUGUUGGUUUAAGUAAUCUAAUUUUAGUCACUUUAAUUCGCCACCUAAAUUUAUCUUAAAUUGGUUUCUUGCCUGUUUCUACUAUUUUUUCAAUAUAAUCUUUAAAUACUUAAUCAAAUAAAGCAGAAAUGAAGUAAAAACUAAAAACAUUAAUUUAUAAAGAAUAGUAACCGAUAACUAAAAAUAAAGUUAUAAAUUUGAAUACGUAAAACGAAAAUCAAAAAGUUAUGGACAGAACCAUGACUCAGAGUAUUGCGUCCUUGUUCUCUGAGCAAUAUUGUAAGAUUUUUAUUCCAUUGUAUACAGUUACUAUGAAAAGGAAAGUUUAUACAAAGUGUACAAAGCAACUAGAUUAUUUGUCAAAAAUUGUGAUUGUUAUAUAUAUACUUUUUAUUAUUUAAGUAUUAUAUUUAUGUACACUCGAAGUGAAGAUAUUUUUGCUUUCUUGUUAAUAACAAUUUGUUCAUUAUAA